AUGGACAAUCAAGGCAACCGCCUCUACCUCAACUUCGACAACUCGCAUCCGCGCCCAGGCGGUUCACUCAACGAUCGAGGAGCCUAUCCUACCACGCCCUCGACCUUCCCGCAACCUGUCUUCCCCGGCUCGAACCAGCAACCUCCUUCAUCCUCUGGCCAGGGCGGCGCCUCUUCCCAGCAGAGCCAGCCAUACUCAACGGGUUAUGCGCCCCAAGGCUACUUUUCGCAGAACCAGUACCCUGCUCAAUAUCCCGCCCAGCCCCCGCAUAGCCAACAAUCGCACGGCUCCGAGUACGGCGGUCAGCAGCAGAGUAACAUUUACCAGCCCCGGUCCAACACCCCAGGGACUAAUGAUCCCAAUGUAGGACUGGCACAUCAGUUCUCCCAGCAGAACCUCCGCGCCCCCUACGGCUCGCGUGGCCCUUCUCCUGCGCAACGUCCCCGAACCGCCGGUGCGCCUGGCCAGCAGCCAUAUGGAGGCUACCAUAGCCAGCCCAUGCCACCUGCGCCAGCGCAGUACCCCGCCCUCGAGUUCCAGCCUGGCCCAGAGCGCAACCCGGACAAGUAUGGACCGGGUGCCAACAACAACCAGAAGAAGUGCGCACAGCUUGCUGCCGAUUUCUUCAAGGACAGUGUCAAGCGCGCGAGGGAGCGCAACCAAAGGCAGAGCGAGAUGGAGCUCAAACUCUCCGAACCGAACCAGUCGCAAUCUAGAAAGGAGCAGAUUUGGUCGACCGGAGGGCGCAAAGAAGGUUCAUACCUGCGCUUCCUGCGCACCAAGGAUAAGCCCGAGAACUACAACACCAUCAAGAUCAUCGGCAAGGGUGCGUUUGGUGAGGUCAAGCUGGUUCAGAAAAAGUCGGACAACAAGGUCUACGCCAUGAAAUCUCUGAUCAAAACGGAGAUGUUCAAAAAGGACCAGCUUGCCCACGUGCGUGCCGAACGAGAUAUUCUUGCCGAGUCGGACAGCCCUUGGGUCGUCAAGCUGUAUACCACUUUCCAGGACGCCAACUUCCUAUAUAUGCUUAUGGAGUUCUUGCCUGGUGGUGAUCUUAUGACCAUGUUGAUCAAGUACGAAAUUUUUUCGGAGGAUAUCACGCGCUUUUAUAUUGCAGAAAUCGUGCUCGCUAUAGAAGCGGUUCAUAAGCUUGGCUUUAUUCAUCGUGACAUCAAACCCGACAACAUUUUGCUUGACAGGGGAGGGCACGUAAAGUUGACUGACUUUGGUCUUUCGACGGGCUUCCACAAGCUGCAUGAUAACAACUACUACCAGCAGCUGCUGCAAGGCAAAUCGAACCGACCCCGUGGUGACCGCAACUCGAUCGCAAUCGACCAGAUUAACUUGACCGUCUCUAACCGAGCGCAGAUCAACGACUGGAGGAGGUCGCGACGUCUAAUGGCCUACUCCACUGUUGGUACCCCUGAUUACAUCGCACCUGAGAUCUUUACCGGACACGGUUACACCUUUGACUGUGAUUGGUGGUCUCUGGGAACCAUCAUGUUUGAGUGCUUGGUCGGCUGGCCCCCGUUCUGUGCCGAGGACAGCCACGACACGUAUCGGAAGAUUGUCAACUGGAGGCAAAGUCUGUACUUUCCCGACGACAUUCAGCUGGGCGUCGAGGCAGAGAACCUGAUUAGGAGUCUCAUUUGCAACACGGAGAAUCGCUUGGGGCGGGGCGGAGCACACGAGAUCAAGAGUCACUCCUUUUUUCGCGGAGUUGAGUUCGAGGGCUUGCGACGGAUCAGGGCUCCGUUCGAGCCCCGGCUUACAUCCGCCAUUGACACGACCUACUUCCCGACGGAUGAGAUUGACCAGACGGACAACGCGACAGUGCUGCGGGCACAGCAGAUGCAGCAGCAGGCAACCACCGGCGCGCCUGUGCGCGAGGAGACUGUGGAGAUGAGCUUGCCUUUCAUUGGUUAUACGUUCAAGCGUUUCGACAAUAACUUCCGGUGA